AUGGACGGGCUUCGGGUGAAGAUGUCCAGUCUAACUCCUUAUGCAAAGAAGCACAAGGUCACUGUGAUCGGUUCCGGAAAUUGGGGAUCGACUAUCGCCAAACUUGUCGGUGAAAACACACUGGAACACCCGGAGCUAUUCGAACGGGAGGUGCAGAUGUGGGUUUAUGAAGAGGAGGUUGAAUUGGACAAGAAAUCAAAACACUACGACGAGGCCUCUGAGUUCAGUAAAGGAAAACAGAAACUCUCCACUCUCAUCAACGCCUUCCACGAGAAUGUUAAAUACCUUCCUGGGAUUCCUUUGCCUCCCAAUGUCGUCGCCAAUCCUAGCCUGGUCGACUCGGUCAAGAACUCUACCAUUCUGAUUUUCAAUCUUCCCCACCAAUUUAUUCUCAAUCUAUGCAAGCAACUCCGUGGCCAUAUCCUCCCGUUCGCUCGAGGCAUCUCGUGCAUCAAAGGUGUCAAUGUUCACGAGUCCUCCAUCAGCUUGUUUUCCGAGACUAUUGGGGAGGAAUUGGGAAUAUACUGUGGUGCCUUGUCUGGAGCAAAUAUCGCCAGCGAAGUGGCUCAAGAGAAGUUUAGCGAAACUACAGUGGCAUACGAUCCACCGUUGAUGGACUCGCAAUCACCUACGCCCGCCACAUCUCAAGGCCCGAGCCCAGCUUCGAGCCAUGUUGACUUGACAAAACUGGUACACAAGGAUGUCUCUGGCAAGCCAUCGAAGGUCCAGCUCAAACCGCUUCCCGCCGAAUAUCACUCCAUCGACCACGAUACGUUGAAGAAACUGUUUCACCGUCGAUACUUCCACGUGCGAGUAGUCUCUGAUGUGGCCGGGGUAUCACUGGGUGGUGCUUUGAAGAACGUUGUGGCGGUUGCUGCUGGCUGGGUUGACGGUUUGGGCUGGGGCGACAAUGCCAAGGCUGCAGUAAUGCGAAUUGGCCUCCUGGAAAUGAGAGAAUUCGGAAACAGAUUCUUCCCUCACACCAUUCAAUCUGACACUUUUACGGUUGAGUCGGCGGGCGUUGCAGAUUUGAUCACCUCCUGUUCGGGUGGCCGCAACUUUCGGUGUGCCAAAAUGAGUAUACAAGAGGGUAAAUCGAUCGAGGAGAUCCAAGAAAGAGAACUCAACGGCCAGAAGCUGCAGGGAGCUUUGACAGCCCAUGAAGUAAACAAAUUCCUCAAGUACAAGGGAAUAGAGAAGGACUUUCCUCUACUCACCGCUGUGUACAACAUCCUGGAAGGCAAAGAGAAGGCCGAACAUCUCCCGGAUUUGAUCGAACCAGAAGACGAGUCUAUACCUCAGCCCAAGGCCGAUCCUCCUCCGCCUCCACUUAUCGCCCACGCUGCCGGGUCAUCGGACUUAGACAUGUCGAAUCCCAGAGUCCUCGUCACAGAAACACGAUCAGAAGAUGGACGUUACGAAGACCAAAUCCGCUCUGCAACGUCGGAGGUGGAACCUCGUUCGUCUUUAUCUGCUCUUCUCCCUGCGCCACCUCUUGCUUCCGGAAGAUAUAACCGCCAAAUGCUAGUCCCUCAAGUUCGACUCCGAGGUCAAGGGUCUCUGCUAGCCUCCAAAGUCCUUAUAAUUGGACUAGGCGGCCUCGGUUCACCCGCGUCAUUGUACCUUGCAGGGGCGGGAAUCGGUACAUUGGGCCUUAUGGACGGCGACGCUGUGGAAAUCAGCAAUCUCCACCGUCAAAUUGUCCACACGGAAUUUGCUGCACGCCUGGGUCAAAGUAAAGUCCAAUCCGCCGCCACGAGAUGUCGGGAGCUGAACCCGGAGAUCGUGUAUGUCUGCCAUGAAGAAUCGGCCAGCGCAAGAAAUAUCCUGGACAUCGUGUCACAAUAUGACCUUGUGCUCGACUGUACCGAUAAUCCUGCAACGCGCUAUUUGAUCUCUGACGCCUGCGUGGUCUCGGGAAAAGUGCUGGUUAGUGGUGCCGCGCAGAGAGGCGAUGGCAUGCUGAUUGUCCUCAAUAACCCACCCACUUCUUAUGAGGGGGACGAAAAGGGACCGUGUUAUCGCUGUGUUUUUCCUCGUCCACCGGCCCCGGAAACAGUACGAGGGUGUAGCGAAAUAGGCAUCCUUGGACCUGUGGUUGGGGUUAUAGGGACUUUGAUGGCUGGAGAGGCGAUCAAGAUAAUCACGAGCGGCGGGCAUAUCUCACGUCAACCCAGGGCAGAUCAAUUUGCGAACGACACGAAAGCUUCCGUCGAGACGCCGACGCAGAAGAAACAACAUACAAUGCUCCUGUACAACACCUACGCCUCCGACCCACGAAGUAUGUUCCGCACGAUCGGUUUGCGAGGCCGCCGCAAGGAUUGUGUAGCAUGCGGCGAUGACCAGACUCUAGCAACCAAAAAUGUGACGAAAGUCUCGGCAGAGGUGAUCUCACAUGGCAGACUCGACUACCAGGCGUUUUGUGGCGUCUUCGAAGAUGUUAAACUUCUCGACGAGGACAAUAGGAUUCACGCUGGAGACUUCCUCCGGAAGCAGGUCGAGGAGGAAACACAGCCAGACAGAAGUGGUAAGCAGCAAAGCAAGCCUAUUGUGGUGGACGUUCGCGAAGAGCAUGAAUACGAGCUUGGUCCAAAAGUUCGGGGCAGCUUAAAUAUCCCAAUCUCGCAUAUUCUGAGGCACGGAAGCGAAGCCUUUGGUGUCCUUGGGGUGAAUCCGGGGGCUAGGGCACCUCCCAUGGGACCAGAUGGAGGUAUGAUCGAUCAGGAAUCGCAUAUCCCUGUGAUUACGAGACAUGACAGCUACCCCACGAAGCCGAGUGGCCACUCGGACCAAAUGCCCCCAGGCCCAGCAAGAGAGACACAAGACAGCGUGAGUGAAGAGCAGUAUUCAUCGGUGUACUUUGUCUGCCAGCGCGGGAACGACAGCCAAAUCGCUGCGCAGAAACUGAUAGAAAAAAUCGAGGCUGAUGCGGCAGCAGAACAAGAAGCCGUGCGGAAAAAGAAGUGGGGAUGGAUCGGAGAUGUCAAGGGUGGUAUUAUCGCUAUGGAAAGACACGCAAGGACAAGCAUGUAG